CCGGGUUAAACGUUUAAUACGCACAAAUUUUGCAGGUGUGAGUAGGACAAUAUUUACACUUACAGCUGACUUCAUAACUUGUAAUUUUGAUGAGCAAUUAAUUAAAAGGGCACUUAUUUUUGUAUACCUUUCAAAGUAACGACAAAAUAGGAGGUGGACAAUAAAUUCUGGGCGUCGACUGAGAUGGACAACUUGGACAUCCACGCGUCAACCAAGGCGCUGAUGAAUCCUUUGGUACUGAACCUCAUCUUGUCUUAUAUGGACGCCCCCACUCUAAAAUCCGCCCGAUCCGUGUGCACCCUGUGGGCCGACUUGGGCGCCUCAUUCCUCGGGAAACAGGUCUCCGUUACCUUUGAGAAUUGUUGCCGAAAAGUAAUCUCCAAGUCCAAGGAACUGGAUUCCCUUCGCCCGGAACUGGCAAGAAGUGUCGGACUGAUUAUGCUUCCAUCACACUGUGAUUGGGUUUCCCUACCAAAAAACUUGAUCGCCAAUUUGCUACAUGUUUCCCAUCACGUUGUGGAACUCGAUGUUACGAUGAGCUCAAAAUUUGAACCGGCGUUGGAGCAAUUGUGGAGGAUGCAUUACUUCCCGAACCUUCUACAUCUCACUCUUACUGUCAUUAUGAUUAAAGUUGGAUAUCUUAGUCUUUCUGAACAUUUGAGUGGUAAUUAUAACGCAAACCAAGAUGAUGAAGAAGACGAUGUUGAGUUUGUCGUGGUGACCCCAAAAAUCCCACAAUUUCUGACCUUGCCAAACCUGAAGUCUAUCAAGUUAGUAGUCAAGGAUCAAAAUGACAUGAUCCAGGACAGGGGAAUAUCCUCCAUAUGUCAAGGACUACUCAAUUCCUCCCCUAAUAUUCUACAUGUCGCCAUUAAUGCUAGCUUCUACCCAGACUUCACCCCAUGUACGAAACUAGAGACGCUUGUUUACACAUUCAUCCGAUUCGACGACUUCUGGGUAGAUGAAGAAGUGUACGUCGACGUUCCCAAGUUGACCAGGAUGUUGGACACUUGCCGAAAUUAUUUGACCAGGUUGACUCUGAGUUGCGACACUGACUGGGAGCUUGCGCAGCCGCCGAUUUUAAUGCUCCCCUCAAUCCCAAAUCUGAUGGCAAUCGAGAUCAUGGAUAUGCAACCCUUGGGGAAUUUUUUGCAUUCUGUUCAUCUCCCAAAUCUAACUCAAGUAACCUUCUCUGGUUACAAUAACGGAUAUUUUAGUCUGACCGAUAUAUUUAAAAAUUUUCAUCUACCCCACGCCGGGAUUACGUCGCUUGACAUGGAAACCGUUUACUUUAAUGAGGUUGAAACUGCCACCAAAAUCGCUCGCCUGUUUCCGUCAGUAAAAAAAUUGCGAUUAAAGUUCGUCAUUUGCGAGGAUGAGACUGAUUUCUUGGAACUAAGGGAUACCUUAGGAUCUUUCGCCACAUGGAAUUUGACCUCUGCAUUGGUAGAGAUUGAGGACGUUUGUGAUUCGACUUACGUCAGGGCCGUAUUGCUAGGUUUGGUGACUUGGAAGGCUCUGACACCGAUAGCAGUUAAAUUUGUGGGAUUGGAUGGGAAAUUUGGUCCCAGGUUUGUCCUAAACUAUGAGAUGGAAGAGAUUCUGCUGUCGUGCAGGUCACUGAGAUGGAUUGAAAUGUCACGUUUUCGGAUGGAGGAGGAGAAGAGGAUCGAGUUUGAAGAAUUUAUUGAGGAACACGCUCUCCCGAUUACUUUGUCGCGUUGGGAGGAAUAAUUCCGUAUUUAAGCAUUCAUUAUUUGCGUAUUAUUGCAGAUUUUCACAAAGUUAAAGGGUCUGAUACAUACAUAUGCUGUUUAAUUAACUUAACUGCAGAUAUUUAAUUUGCUCGUAUUCCAAUGUUUUACUUUUUCAAGAAUGAUUACUUUCAUGUUUAUCUCGUAUCGAGUAAUUAAUACAUUAUAUAUUUGUACAUAAUGUGUUAACAGCAAUUAAUCAACUAUUAAUCUUACAGUUGAUUAACAAAACACUGUAAAACUUAGUUUAUCCAACGCCUGACAACGCAAAUUACAUACAAAUCUCGCGUUGACAUUGUCCCCAUUCUAAUAAAUUUACUUCUUGUAUUCCAGACUUCUUCUCUUCCUACUUGCUCAAUUUAUACAUAAUUGAAGACUUGUGUAUGCAUACAUGCAUGCAUGUACUUGUUAUUUUUAGUUGUGAAAUUAUUUCCCUGCCUUAUCAACAGUUUAAUUUGAAUAAUAUGUAAACGAAUUCGCAUAAUAAUUAUGUAUGUGUAUUGAACAGUGAUUAAUUAGCUUAACUGAUUGCUGAUUUUGGGCGUGGGCAACAAACCAGUAUAUGGAUACAACUGCAUGCAAAUGAAUUGUAAAGGAUCAGUGUCAAUAAAAUAUGUAAUUAGUUUACCACCUGCCUUUCUCUUUGAAUACGUCAACCUGAUUUAAAUUACUGACCACAAAAAAAUCCUACCUCACACUCUACGUAUAUGAACGCAUGUAUGUAUAAAUAGACGCCUGUAUUUGCACCUCUUGCUUCGUGUGACGAGGUAUUAUUUCCCACAACUGAAAUUAUUUGUCAUGUGUGUUUUCAUAAAUAUUAAUAAAAAUAUAUAAUUAGUUUCCAAUGGGCGUGAAAUCUUGUCAAAUUGUGGUUUAUAUUAUCAUUGCAUCGGGGUCAGUAACUUUUGUCAUCGCGAGACCAACAAAUCCCCUCGGCCUGGAUGGUCAUCAUCCCCUCGUUUAUCAUCCUUCCGACCUAACCAGUGAGAUAGUUGUCCACGCUGCCCACGAGAUCAGUGAUAACCCUGGUUAUGGUGGUGGUGACCCGAGAUUUUUUAAACGACCUGUGCGUAUAGAGCGGAAGGGACCCAACCGGGUCAAAGUCUGUCCUAAACAUGACCUCUCCAGAUGCAUGGCGCAAGUCUACGACGUCAACCAAUUCAAUGUCCAACCAAGAUAUUAAUUUGAAACCGUGGAAAUUUUGUUAUAUUCAUAGUUUACUUUAAAUUUAUAAAAUAAUAUUUUAGCUUUCAUGUACAAUUAAUAUACUGUGUGCAAAUUGCAUUAAAAAUGGAGACACACUUCUCAACACCGA